AACUAUUAAACGGUGAAGUGAAAAGAAUUUUCCUGCUAAAUGAAGUGGAAGCUUUUGAGCCUUGAAAACACACGCAGGAAGGAAUCGCCCGUGUUGUGCAGUGUGAAACCAAAAGGAGCAGAAUCAAAUUGUGGUUUCCCGGACGGAAAGCGAACUAAAUGGGAUUCCAUUUCAGGACUGCUUAUUGGAUUAUUGUAAAUUGAAUCCGGAGGACAGAGGCCAAAAGAAGCAGGAGCGAGAAGAACAGACAGCGUAGGAUCAGAGCUGGACCGGCUGAAAGAGUUACAUAAUUGUGAAAAAUGAGUGAGUUUUGAGACAAAAAAGGAUUUUUCGUGGUGCUGAUCACUGCUGAUAGUGUAGUUUUUGUGCUUUUGUGUGGUAAAGUGACGAAGAGUGGAGGUGAAAAAAUAAUCUCGAUAAAGAGUGCUUUCGCCACUCUGGGCUUAUGCGGUGUGUUUGAAAAUAGAAUUUGGCUGGUGAAAGUGAUUGUGACAAAAGGAUUUAAUCUGAUUAGAGUUAACUGAAAAAAGCGAACCGUACUGGUUGAACGACGACAGCGAUAUGAAGGGGAGAAUAACGGGAUUGGUGCUGCUCAUUUGCUACGUGGGAUUGGUGCGGUCGGAAGCAAUCGCCAUGGAGCAGAUAUUGUCCCUCUGCUGCCAGGAAGGUGAAGGAUGGGGUACCCAGCAUAGGCUGUGCUCCAGUUUCAACAACACGCUGGAGAUUGUACCGGGGGAGCUGCGGGGACUAUGCUUAUCGACCGUGGAAAUUUGCUGCUCCAAGCAGCACAAGAUUUACCAAUGUACGGCAGGUCAAAUUGCCGCCCGACAGGGUCUCAGCUGUUCACUGAAGGGUGAUCACUCGGGGUCGGAAUUUUAUACAGACUGCUGUGAAGCUUGCAAGAUUGGGCUGGUCGUGGGAUCCAGUUCGAACAAGUGCUCCGUGGAGCCAUUUGCGUUCGGAAGCCCGUGGGAUGAUGUUUACGAUGGGUGCUGCAAGGACAUUAAGCAGGGAGACGAUACGUUUAUUCUGAACGAGGAGGAUGAGAACAACCUUUGCGGUCGUUUUGAGAAUCUUUGCUCGCAGAUUUGCGAAAACACCGAAGCCGGAUCGUACAUGUGCCGCUGUAAUCCCGGCUACACUCUGCUUGAUGAUAGGAAAACCUGUGUCCAAAUAACUUCGGAGGAUGAGAACGAAAUCAUCACCGAUGAACAACCUCGCUCGGACUGUCGACUAGGUUAUGAGAAAGAUCAACGGACAGGUGAGUGCGUCGAUGUGGACGAGUGUGAAAUGGGUGAAGCGACAUGUGACGCUAAUAAUCAGGUUUGUAUGAAUCUUGAAGGCACCUACCGUUGCCUGGACAUACAGGACGUCAAGUGUGACGCCGGCUACCGGUACGACCGCAAAACAGUAAAAUGUGAAGAUAUAAACGAAUGCUUAGAGCGAACUGAUGCUUGCAAUAGGGAAACGCAGCACUGCUUGAAUGGGCGCGGAAAUUACACCUGCCAGAACAAGGCGGUAGAAACAUGCUUGCCUGGGUACAUCUACGACAGUGCCAGCAAGUUAUGUGAAGAUAUCGACGAGUGUGAGGAUGAUUCCGCUUGUGACGAGGGCUUCCAGUGUGUCAACAUAAAGGGCUCGUACGAUUGUAUUGCCGUGGUGAAAAACUACCCACUUCCGGCGAAGAAGAAGGUCGAGUCCUGUGCACCUGGAUUCCGCCGUCAUAACGACCAGUGUGUAGAUAUUGACGAAUGUGCUGCCGAUAAGUACGCCUGUGAUAGUAAUCAGGUUUGCACAAACGAAAUUGGCGGUUUUCGGUGUGACUGCAAAAUUGGCUUCAUGCUUGACCAGGUUACGAACGCAUGUGUUGAUAUCAACGAGUGUCAAAUAAAUGCACAUGAAUGCCUGGAGAGCCAACGGUGUGACAAUACGAUAGGGUCCUACACGUGCAUCCGGUUGCAGAGCUGUGGAACAGGCUACACCCUGAAUGCAGAAACCGGAAACUGUGACGACGAUGACGAGUGUGCCCUUGGUCGGCAUAAUUGCGUGCCACCGUACGAGUGCUUCAAUACCAAGGGUUCCUUCCGCUGUCGUCAGAGGUCAAGGUAUGCACCGGCCGUAAGUAAGGUUACUAGUGCUAGUAGCACUAGCACUAGUACCAGUACCAGCACAACGACUACUACAACUGCACGACCUGUUUAUUACACGCACACGACCAGGAUUUCACGAAAUUACCCGCCGCCGGUGUACCAAACGAACAAUCAGGAAGUUGAAUACAAUCGGUAUCUGGGCUCGUGUGGUUUUGGGUUCGAGAGGAAUGCCCUCGGGGCCUGUGUCGAUAUCGAUGAAUGCUCCAGGGAAAAUGCCUGUCGAUCGAAUCAGCGAUGUGUGAAUAGCAACGGUUCCUACCGCUGUCAUGAUAUGCUAAUUUGCCCGAAUGGAUUCGUAUCCAACAGCGAUGCAACUGAAUGCUUAGACGUAGACGAAUGCAGCACCGGCGAAGCCAAGUGCGGUCCCGAUCAGGUAUGCAAAAACAAACGUGGUGGCUACGUUUGCCUCUGUCCAGCGGGUCACAUUAUCGGCCGGAACCAUCGGUGCGAGGAUGUAAAUGAGUGCGAUCUGCAUAAGGGCAAGGUGUGUCCGCACAACUCGGAAUGCAUCAAUACGGUCGGCUCGUACAGGUGUGACUGCAAGGCUGGCUUCAAGAAAUCCCGGCCGGAGGAUCUCAUCUGUACGGACGUGGACGAGUGCAGUGAGGUUCCCGGACUGUGCCAUCAACGGUGUAUCAAUUACUACGGCUCGUAUCGGUGCGGAUGCGAACCGGGCUACAAACUUACAGUGAACAACCGCACCUGCGAGGAUGUGGACGAGUGUGUCGAGUACAAGUCGAACAAUUUGUGCGUGGGGAUUUGCGAGAACAGCCCCGGUUCGUACGGUUGCCGUUGCCCACAGGGUUACCGGCUGGGGCACGAUAACCGGAGCUGUAUAGAUAUCGACGAGUGCGAAACGAGAGACGUCUGUAACGGUCGAAAUGAGAUAUGCACCAACAUUCGGGGCAGUGUUCGAUGCACCCGCAUCGACUGUCCUUAUGAAUAUGAAAUCGAUCCCGAUCGGAAUAAUCGGUGCCGCCGGACGGUCCGAUAUUGCCAAAAGGACGACAUCGAGUGCCAGAGGAAACCGUCAUCGUACUCGUACAAUUUCAUAACCCUGACGUCGAACAUGCCGGUGCCACCCUCUGGACGGGCGUUGUUCAAUCUACGGGGACCCACCUGGUACGACGCGAUUGACUUUGAUAUGAAGCUGAUCCACGUCGAUGCACCGCCGAAUGUUCGUCCAGCGGAUCAGCGCUUUUUCAGCUUGAACAAAUUGUCCAACGAAGUGCUGCUGAAUCUGGUCAAGAGCAUAGAAGGACCACAGGACAUUGAGCUGGAGCUGAGCAUGACAGUGUUCAAGGAUGGACAACCAUUUGGGUCAAACAUCGCCAAGCUGUUCCUGUUGAUUUCGGCGCAUGAAUUUUAAUGAAGCAAGGUGAGGGAGCACGUCGAGUUUUUAGCUUUUACUGUGGAAUUCAUUUGCUUCAGUUUUUAUCGUACAAAUAAACUUCAAUCUCCGGUAAUCUCAA